GCUUGCAGGCUCACCCAGGGCUGAGAGGCUGGCACAGGUGGCAGGGACACUUGCUCAGGACAGUCACAAGGACAUGAGGCAUUAUGGACAGGAGAUGGUGAAGAUGUUGCUUAGUAAUCAAAAAUUUCAAAAGCUUUUGGAACAAUCUCUUUCCACGCAUGACCUGGAAGAUAUCCUGAAGAGAAUUAAGAAGAAAGAAUACUGCCCUGCUGUCAAGCCCUGUGGAGCUGGAAGAAGCUUGGGGAUGGAAAACCAGAAGGCUGAACGCCCACCUGUGCAGGAGCCGGUGAAGAAGAGGAAUGAAGGCUCCAAGGAGCCCCAGGCCACAUCACCUCCUAGCAAACGGGCAAAGUCUGCCACUGGUGGACACCGCCUACACCGUGCAAGAGCCCAGGUCACAUUACCUGCAUCUGUGGAAGAAAGGGAGCUGCUCCAGAAGCUUUACCAUCUCCUGGAAGCCAAGGCGUUCCAGACACGGAUGGAAGGAGUGGCACUCCUCCUAGACCUGUCCAAAACCAGACCCCAGCUGAUCUCCACUAACAUUGUCCAAAUUUUUGAUUAUUUUGGCCUGAGAAUCUGUGACACACAUAAGAAAGUGAAGCAGAAGGCGCUGGAGGCGCUGGCAGAAAUCAUAGGACUCCUGCAGGAUGCCAUGAACCCAUUGAUGAUCCUUUUGGUUGAAGGCAUAACAAAGAACCUAAACUCAAAGGAUCCCGGGGUUCAUGCUGCAGCUAUGACGGCUCUGGACCAAUCUGUUGUGCAUUUAGGUAAGGCUGAGCCCUGGCAUGGACUCUCCUCACCUGUGUCUCUGUCUCUCCGACACAAGAGAACGCUGAGUGCCUUGGUAGCUGUUGCUGUCUGUGGAAUGCUCCAGCUGACACCCACCAGAAGCUGUGCAGGUGCAGUCCUUAUGCACCAUCCCCAACUGGCUGGAAUGUGCAGCAGCAUUUCCCAACAGUCCCAGGAGCCCUUGGCUCUGUGCUGCUGGUCUGAAGAGCAAGUCCUGGACUAGAGCUUUGCUGCAAUUCAGAGGCAAAGGGGUUUUGGAGUUUGCUUGGGCCCCGUCUGACUUGCCAAAUGAACAGCUUUGCUGUAGGCAUGAAGGGACACCGGCCCAUCAGAGCUUCUGCACAGCAGCCACCUGGAAGGCUCUACAUUAUAGGCAGUAGCUGCCUGUUUUCCACCUUUCUUCUUUGUCUUCUUUUUUCAAAGGGGACCAUAGGAUUCAUCAAGUUCAUUUCUUUAUAACACAUGGGUCAAAAUCCAUCUGUCAAUGAUGCCUUGUUCCACACGUUGUUUUGCAUGGGACAAGAAGGAAAUGGCAAAUACCUACAGAGGCAAGGGCAGCUGUAAAUUUUUCUGCCACACAGAUUGAUGUCAGGUCUGAAAAUGCCACACUGGGGGAAUAUGGCUGAACAAUGGAGUGUUGAAGAGGCAGGUCUUCAAGGGGAGUUUCCACUUUCUCCACCUCAGCUGCUCUGUGAAGUCAGGGAUUACCUGACUCAGUGCCUCUCUGUGUCCCAAGUAUGGGCUUCUUCCUUUUGGCUCUGCGAUGCAGAACCUUUUCACUGCUUCCAUGUGACUGAACUCUUGAGGACCCUGAUGUGAAAUAUUUUAACAUAGCUCCUGGUGGAGCAGACAACUUUGGAUUUACAAAUGUGAAAGGAGAGCUUUUCUUUUGGCGUUUUAAACACCAACAAGUAGGCUGGAAGGAAAGAAGAAAAGGAUUAAAAAAUCAGCAGAAAUGGACUUUAUUGUAUAAAAUGGGGUUGCCCCUGCUUUUUCCCUUGCCACUGUCCUCUCUCCUAUGCCCUCAGAAGAGUGAACAGAAACGUGUGUUUCACUUGUAGAUGAAGUAUCACUGAUGAAAGAGCUCUGCCACCAAUGGAGACAACUGAGUGGCCAAGCUCUGCUGGAUGUCACGGAACGUAUCACAGGUACGGCCUCCCCUUCUAAGCCAAGAGGUCUCCGAGGGAGUAUUUACAGGGAAUGCCAGUGAACAGACAGUAGAGUAGUUCCUCCACAUCAGGAGGUGCUGAGCUCUCACUGGGGCCCUUCUCAAGUCCCAUAGUGGCCAGUGUCUUUAAUUGCAUUUAAACUCAAAUGAAGUCCAGUUUUUGAAUGGGUACCAUAACCCUUUUCCUGCUUAGCCAAAUUGGUUUUGGGUACUUUCAGGAGCUCUUUCAAUGUUGAUGACUGCUGGUGGAUUAACAGCAUAGAGGAAAUGAAGUUUCUUCCACCACAGAAUAGUAAAUGGCUACUACAUAACAGUUUGCCUGAUCAGGAAACAAGACUGGUCUCCUGAGCAUUUCAGGUUUUGAUCUUUCAGCCAAAUCUGCCAUGCAAGGAGCCUGUUGGUAGUCACUUUUUGUCUGUGUUUGAUAUAGUUCAGUUCAGAAAAUGAGCAGAGAGCAGAUUCCAGAGGCAAUCUGAGAAAACCCUUGUGUUUUGGCUAAAUUUCAGUCCCCUAUGUAGCCUUUUUCUCUCUCUAUGCCCCUAUUUCAGUGCACAUUUUAAGAAGAAAUGCUAUUAACAUUGGGAGGGGAAAUGUCAUUAAAAUGUGGAGAUGCUCAAGUGACAGGGCAAAUGCCAGGGCAAUGGGUCUGGGUAAUUCUCCAAGACACCCUGAGGUUUGAAACAGCUCUUUGUUGGAAGCCACAAAAGCAUUCUGCCAAAGACACCAGCUAGUCUCUGGUGGUUCUCAUCCAGCUGUCAAGUAGCAGCCAUCUCUGGUGGGCUGGAGUUUUGGAGUGUGUUCUAAUACUGCCCUUUGCUGUGGGCCAUGGAGCAAAGGGGAGAGCCAGAUUAGACUUUUGGCCCUUGACAUCAAAGUUACAAAAAUGGAAUAAUUGCUUUUAUUAGGAAUCUCUCAAUUGUCUCUCUAGGGUGCAUUUCCAAAUCUUCUACGUGGGUUUAGACAACUUGUAAAUGGAAAUAGUAGGCAAUUUGACGUUUCAUUCAUUGUUCAUGCAGAAAGAAAUUGUGCAAUAAUUGA